AUGAUGGCGGCGCCUUCUCAGAUGAAUCCCACCUCCGUACCUGAGGCUGCGGCGCCGCGCCAUUUCAAGAGGCACCGAGUCCUGCCGCGGCCGCACAUCGAUCAGCCGCACGAUGGCUCUAGGCGCAAACCCAAUCUGGCCGGCGCGGCGACGGUGCCCAGAAGCUCGACGCCUCACCCGACCGUGAAUCCCCAGCCCUUAAAACACCAGCUCAGGAGAAUAAACACCGGGCCUGAUUUGCCUCCCACUCCGCCCGCGCACUCAAACGCAUCCUCCAGCAGCCACUCUGCCGCCGCAUCGAGCCCGACGAGCACCGAAAGUAGCGUCAGGCUGCCGAAUGUCGUCGCGACUCGUCCGCCAGCCACCCCUCCGGACCAGCGCAGCCCCCCGACUCCAGAUGUCACCCCGCCGCAUCCUGCAAGCCUCGCCAAGAACCCGCGGCCAAGCAUAAAGGACCGCAUGGCUUCGGGGAGUACAAUGGGCACGGAGUCGAGAGCCGAGUCCUUCAUCACCGCCCGCGAGGAGGUGACGCCUUCGGAGGACGAAACCGGGGGACUGGCCGAAUGGCCUCGCAAAUUUUCGGUAGCCUCGCAAACCACCAUUAUUCCGUCUGCUAACGCCACUGCUACUAAUGGCGAUGCGGUGCGACCAGUAACUCCUUUAGAUAGAGCACAAAGAACACCAACUGGGAACGGAAGGCGAGGAGAAGGCGACUCUACGCCGAAAGCGAAGCCAAAAGCCUCUGAAUUUGUCGACAGACAGAGCGCUACCCCAGAAGCCGGGCAUUCUCAGGAUGCCCGGCCGUCGGAUGCGGUCAUGUCCCAGAGAACCCAGUAUCGACGUCGAUCCUCGGCAGCCUCGCGGCCAAUUUUGCAUCACGAUCCUGUUGUUGAAGACAAAGUAUCUGUUGGGCCUACCGACGCCACGAAAGCUGUGCGCAACAUGCAACUUGAAGAGGCAGCACCUGUAGUCUCGUCUUCGAAGAGACCCAAUGAUGGAAAGCCUGCCAAGUUGGUCCACCCGCAAGUAGAAGCGACGGCAAAGCGAGAUCGACCAUUGAGCACGUCUAGCCAGUCAACUGUGGUCGAGGUUUUUCUUGUCGAUGGCCCCCCGAAAAGGGAGAGAACUCUGCGCCACAUGCGAAAGCAAAGCACUUUGAGAGAUGCUACUAAAAGCAAGGUAGAUGCUGGUUCAAUCGCCCGUACGGAAGACGCGAAAGAAGAGGAAGCUCCUAAACCUUCCAAGGUUACACACAGCCAACUGGAUUCCUAUGAUCGCGAGAGUUACAUCUCAACCGUCACACACUCGACAAACAGGUCCAUCUCGAGUAGAACCGCGCGAAGGGAGAUUUGGAAGAGUGGUGGUAUCCCGGUGGUCAUUGUGCCUGAACGACGAUCGUCGAGGGGCCCCAAGAGCAGGGAGCCUUCUCUUCGAUCGGCAUCUAGCAGGCACUCGGACAAGGCAAAGAGCGUCAGUUCCGCCCCUGCCCGUGAUCCAUCGCCAUCUGCAAACUCUGGCCCCGUGUUUGAUCGCCCUGCUCGUCGAAGUCGAGCGUAUUCCGAAUCCGAUAGAUCUGAAAGGACGAUUGAUUUCCCCCCAACGAUUCCGCAACGGUCUUCAUCGCUCUCAGCCCCGACCAGUCGCAACGGUUCUAGUCGCGGAUCAGUAACUGCUAGCAGCGUCAAGGUACACAAUGCCGAGAUUGAACAGCAACUUAAUCGCCAUUGCAGCCAGGAAGUGCACAUCAUCUGCCCCAGCACGCCAUCGCUAUCCCCUCUGUCCCCUCUAUCUCCCUUAUCCCCAGGGAUGCAGGACUUGAAAAGAGAGGAAACAUUUGAUAGCCUUGGGAUCGAUCAGCACGACGAUGUGCUUUCGGUGAAAAAGAUUCCACUGCGGAACACGCCUUUCUCGGUUGCGUCCAUGGAGACGUGUGCAACGGCCCCUGAGCUGGUAGAAGCCCUCGCUGUUCAAAUGUUCCCCCAUCAAAAUUCGUCAGUCCUGAUGGUCAAUCAUUCGAACCGCCCGUCAGAGGCAGCGUUGGUGAGGCGCGUUACUAGCCCUCCCGGAUCAUUGAUGGCGCAUUUGUAUGAACAAGCUCCCGUCACUCCUCCCCAGAAGAGAUUCUCCUCCCUCGAGGUCGAUUCACCUCUGCGCAACCCGCGAGCUCCACCACAACCGCCGAAGUACCCGCCCGCAAUCAACUUCAUUCCCGCCACACCAUCAGGUAUGACGCCUGCGGCCGAGCGAGUUAUUCUGCAAGGGAACUACUUUGAGUCUUUGAAGGAGAAGCCUCCUCGGCGGCCCUCCAUCGUUAGAAGAGCUUUCAGCCGCCGGCGCCAUUCUGUCGACUACGUGUCAACCUCGAGAGGGCCGGGCUUCCUUGCCAGGACCUUUUCAUUGUCACGGAGAACUCGUGAUGAUAGUGACAUCUCUUUAUAUAAAGACAAUGAACAGCCAACUGAAGAGGACAAGCUGCAUCCGUUUUGGCGUCCUCAGUGGAUCAGUGAUGAGGAUUCUGAACCCAGAUCCGACGAGGGCGAAUACAGUGACGAUGAGGACGAUUAUGAACGGGAAGAUGAAGUCUAUCGAUAUCCCCCUGUGGACAAUCGCCCGCGAAGACCAACGAGGAGCUUUAGCCAAAAGGUGAAGCAGACCUUUUCAAUUCUGCCAUCACAAGAGUAUCAUGUCGAUGACGUGCAUGGGCCCCAGCGCCGAACAAUCAAACGGACAUCAAGUGGCAACCUGCGUAUCGUACGCCGCAAAAUCAGCGCCGAAUCGAUGAGACGACGGCAAAGUCAGAGCAGAGACCCAAGAUCGAUUGUGGGUGAACCUCGCAAGAAGUUCUGGCGAAGACGAAGUAUUAGCCGAGGGAGUGUGACGGGACGGCGUUUUUCCAUCGGGAGCAAAUUGGAAGAGAUUCAAAACAUUCCGCAAAAGAUAAGCGAGAGACGACGCGAGAAACGAUCGCAGAGACUUCGGCAGAUGAUUAGCGGGCCGAAAGAAGUUCGAGACGGCGUUGGUGAAGUAAUCAGACCCGGCAACGGAGCGGCUCGGUUCGACCAAGCUGGACGAUUUUAA